AUAUCCGCCAUGAAGAUGAUAUCGACCAUAGACCUGGUGCACAUCGCCGUGGGUCUUUGGGUUUUUCGUCAGUGCCGAGUGCGUAUCACGAGAAUGCGUCAAUUUAACGUUGCGACAAUAGCACUAGCACUGUGCUGCCUUUCCACAUGUCUGGCGGGCAAACUAGCCAAGCGUGAUGCACCUAUAAGCAACAGCUACCUCCCGCCAUCAUCCGGAGGUGGAUUCGGUGGUGGUAAUGGCGGUGGCUUUGGCGGCGGUUUCGGAGGAGGUAGCCCUUCUUCGAGUUACGGUGCUCCACCUGCGCCAUCGUCAAGCUACGGAGCCCCGUCGCAACCUUCUUCUAGCUACGGAGCACCGUCUUCUGGAGGAUUCGGAUCGUCCGGUGGCUUCGGAGGUGGAUUUGGAGGAGGUUCUCCUUCAUCCAGCUACGGAGCACCCGCAGCACCCUCAUCGAGUUAUGGAGCACCAGCCGCACCUUCUUCCAGCUAUGGCGCUCCAUCGUUCGGUAACGGUGGUGGUUUCGGAGGCGGAUUUGGAGGUGGAUCGCCUUCCUCUUCUUACGGAGCACCCUCAAGAGGAGGCAGAGGUCGAGGAAACGGAGGAAACGGAGGAAACGGAGGCUUGAGCCAAUAUUUGCCACCGUCCACUAGUUACGGAACUCCGGUAGGACCUUCGCGGCCUUCUUCUUCAUACGGAGCACCAUCUAAACCUAGUAGACCGUCGUCUUCUUACGGUGCACCUUCAAGACCUAGCUCAAGCUACGGGGCUCCAUCGGGAGGCUUCGGGGGUGGAAGCGCACCUUCUUCCAGUUACGGAGCGCCCUCCUCACCUUCGUCUAGUUAUGGAGCUCCGUCGGUGCCUUCUUCAAGCUAUGGUGCACCCUCAUCAGGCGGCUUCGGUGGUGGUUCACCUUCCUCAAGCUAUGGCGCACCUUCUAACGGUGGAUUCGGUGGCGGUGCUCCAUCUUCCAGCUACGGUGCACCUUCAAAUGGAGGUGGUAAUGGAGGAUACAGCUCGGGAGGUGGCAAUGGAGGCUACAGUUCCGGAGGUGGCAAUGGAGGGUACAGUUCUGGAGGUGGGAACGGAGGGUACAGUUCAGGAGGUGGUAAUGGAGGAUACAGUUCUGGUGGUGGCAAUGGAGGAUACAGUUCGGGAGGUGGAAAUGGAGGAUACAGCUCUGGAGGUAACGGAGGAGGUGGUCAAGGUUACGCCAGUAACGGUGGCUACUCGUAUUAAAGAGGGUCGGUUAAGAAAGUACCACUAAAGGAGCAUCCUUGUAAAUAUUUUUUUAUUUAUUGAAUAGAAAUUCACAGUGGUUGUCUUACAAAAACCGUGGCAUUUUUGUACUUUCGAAUAAAAUUUGUAUUAUAAAAAAUAUUCGUUGUUACUUCUAACCCCUCCCAGACGUUUCUUUCA